AUGAUGGACACCAACAAGAUGGUCAUCAACUUGGCGCUUGGCGGGACUCAGAGUGGAAAGAGUUCCACUGGGAAUGUGCUGCUGGGAAGCACUGAGUUCCAUAGCAGCUUUUCCCCCUGUUCUGUCACCAAGGACUGCAGCCUGGGCCACAGCUGUCAUCUCCACUGCUUUAUGCACGGAGCGGGGCAAGAGGUCACCCUGCAGGUGCAGGUGCUGGAUGCUCCUGGUUACCCACAUAGAGAGCUGAGCACGAAGCAGGUGAAGCAGUAGCUUAAGAGGGCACUGGAACAUCACUUUGGGCCAGAAGGCCUCCAUCUAGCACUGCUGGACCAGAGAGCAGACACACCUUUCUGUGGACAGGAAGCUUCCUACCCCAUCAAGCUCCUCCAGGAACUUCUGAGACAUGCUUGGAAGAAUCACACUGCUGUUCUUUUCACUCAUGCAGAAAGAAUAGAAGAGGCUGGGUCCAGUGAAAGCGAAUAUGUACACCAGGCCCACUCCCUCCUGACUCCCCUAAAUUCUAUACAGCAGAGAUAUGUUUUCCUAAGAAAAGCAAGCUCCUUUAAUGAACAAAGAAUGAAAAUCUUAGAAAGAAUUGUGGAAUUUAUAAAAGAAAAUCACUACCAAGUUCUAACCUUUAAAUAA